CAAUGCCUUCAACACUUUUAAAUUUUGUUUAGGCGUUCAAGGUUUCACCGGUCAUUUUGACACACGAACAUCUCCGAGGUGUCCGAGGCAUCCAGAACACACCAUAAGGUUGAACACGUCCCCAAUCAGCCAAAAUGGCUAACGUGGGAGUGGAAGCCCUGUUAACCUGGUUGAACAACCUAGAGUUGACGGAUCAGCCUCUCCAUAUCGAGGAUUUGAAAGAUGGGACUUACUUGUUAAAAGUAAUCAAUACAUUAAAAAAUGAACGGGGCUUAUCCUUGGACCUUUCAGUGGAGGAACGGUUUAACCAAAUUGCCCGCUUCCUGGAGGGAGACUGCAGGUUACGUGCUGGCACAGGAGCUACUCUUUCAAGGCACAUUGCAAAUGGAAAUAACCUGACAGUAGAAAUAUCAAAGGUGCUUUUAUUGCUGGUGUACUAUGACAUGAUGAACAACCGCAGUACUCUUAACAAGAUGGAGUUGAAGGUGGAGGGUGAGAUUGCAAGCCUCACAGAGCGCUUUGUUCUGGUAACAGAUGACUAUGUCUACCUGAGCAAUGGGCUUGAGGCCUAUCUGGGGAGAAAAUACUCUUCUUCCCCCUCAACCCAAUCGUCCAGCUCCUUGAUAUCUGAUGACUCCCCUGUAUUCCAUCGCUCCCAGAAAGUCAAGUUUGUUGAUCUGCACACUGUGGCCACCCCGGCCGCCAGCAGCAGGUCUCCCCUGCAAGAAGUCAUGAACACGCCUCGUUUCAAAUUGAGGAAGAUGCAGACACAGAUGAUCCAUGAGCGGGAAUACAAGGAUGGCUUGACGAGGGAGUUGAGCAGCUUGAUGACCCAGAUCGCACAGAAAGAAACCGAAAUCAGCCAGUUAAAGUAUCAACUGGACAAGAUAAAGGAAAAUCAAAAUGUGCAAGACCAAGUGGUCAGCGACCAAAUAAAUGAACUGGAAACCAAAAACGAAUCGUUGCAAAGACGUCUUCAUGAGUUGGCAAAGCAAAGCCAUGAUUUGAAGUCUGACACCAUCCAUAUGGAACGUAAAGUAGACCAGCUUACAGAAGAGAAUGGAAAUCUCUCUGUCCAGGUGCGUGAGAUGCGUUUAAAACUGGCAACCUGUGAGGCUGAAUUGGAGAGGCUGUUGGAGAACCAGGCUACUGUUGAGAAGGAGCUGCAGAGCCAAAACUGCCACCUACAGGCCGAACUGAGCCAAGCCACUGCCAAAAAGGACUUCCAGUAUGAACAAAUUGAGAUCCUUCAAGGCAAGAUCUCGUCUCUGGAGGAGGAGCUGAGCCGAAUCAGACUAGAAGAGAAAGGAGAGAACAUGGGGCCAGUCAUGCAGAGGGCAGAACUGGAGAAUGAAAUCACAGAUCUAAAAGAUCAGUUGGAGAUUACAACAGGCUCUCUUAGAGAGGCUAAACAGGUGGUUCAGGCAAAAGAAGUCAUGCUAGCACAAUAUCAAGAGGACAUAACUCUGCAUAAAGAGCUUCUUAAGCAGCAGAUGGCAAAAAAUGAAAAAGAGAUGCAAGAUAAACAGGUACUUCUUGACCAAACGCAGAAGGAAAUUGCUGACCAAAGACACAUUCUACAACAGGAAAAGAACAAUCUCCAGCUUCAAGUUGAUAGUAUAGGUGCCCUACUUAAGGAGAGCGAAGAAGAUGCUAAACUCAAAGAAGAGCAGAUGCUUCAGAAAAACACAAGACAUGACACGGCUCUUGAACAGCAGAAGACAUUUUACCAGGAUGAGAUGGGCCGACUGAAGGAGGAGAUCCAACAAAAACAGGAGUUGAUAGAAUUACUGAAGGUCCGAGCUGAAAAGGUAGAACUGCUAAAUCAGGAGAUUCAGACAUUGAGGAACGAGGUGGAGACGCUAACCUCCUCGCUAAAGAAAGCAGAGGAGUAUUUGCAGACUCAGGAAGACCUGUUGGCAAAACAACAACUUGACAGCCUGAAGAUCCAAGAGACUCUGCAAAAUAAGAUAACAAUGUUUCAGGAAGAAGUACAUGGUUUGUGGGUCGAAGAAGUUGCUCUUCAGGCAGACGUUAAAUUGGCUAAGGAGACUAUUCAGGCCAAAGAAGACAUGUUAGCUAACUUGCAGAUGGAGAGCUCUCAACAAACAGACAUUCUUAAUGGAAAAAUGCAUGUUUUGGAGGGCCAACUAAAAACCAUAACCACUACUCUAAGUAAUGCCAAACAGGAUCUUAAAACUCAACAAGACGUGUGCAAUCUGCACCAACAAGAGCAUGCACAUCAACUGGAAGAACUGCAAAAACAGAUGUUUGCCUCUGAAGAGGAAAUUGAGAGAUUAGUUCAGGAGAUCAUCCAAAAAGAGCAACAGAUGACAGAGGUAAAGAAGGAGACCUCAGCGCAUUCCGAAGGGUUGCAGCAGGAGAUCAACAGUCUGAUGAGUCAAGUGACCGGUGUGACUGACUCUCUAAGGAAGGCUGAAGAGAAGUUACAGGAUCGGGAGACUCUGCUCACCCAGCAAGAGCAGGAGAGUGCUCAUCAGAAAGAUCUCCUUCAGAAACAAGUGUCUGCCUGUGAGGAGGAGUUAGAGAAGAUGAAACAGGAGAUUAAAACCAAAGAGGAACAGCUAACCUUACUUGGGCGAAAUGGCUCUGAGCAAUCUGCAUUGCUACAGCAGCAGAUCCAAGGUUUAAAUAGCCAAGUGGAGAGCCUCUCCUCCUCACUGAAGCAGACUGAGGAGGAGGUUCUAGGUCAGAAACAUCAGUUGAGUAAGCAGGAGCUGGAAAGCACUCAACAGAUGGAGGCACUUCAACGGCUGAACCUUGUAUCUGAGGAAAACAUCAGACUGCUGAAGGAAGAGAUCCAAACAAAGGAGACGCUUCUUAAUGAGAUUAGGACAGAGAGCUCCAAGCAAUCAGAGAACCUGGCCAAUCAGAUACAACAUCUAACUCUUGAGAUGGACAACAAUAAAGAAUCUCUUAAAAUGGCGUCAGAGGAGGUUGAAGCCAAGGAAGACGUGCUAACAAACCUGAGGCAGGAGAGGGAUCAACUUAAAACAACGAUGGAGGUCUGUGAAGAGGAAAAGGCUCUACUCAAGGAGGAAAUCCUUCUGAAAGAGCAACAGCUGACUGAGGUGAAGAAGGAAACCUCCGCAAAUUCUGAAGAGUUGCAGCAGGAGAUCAACAGUCUGAUGAGUCAAGUGACCGGUGUGACCGGCUCUCUCAGAAAGGCUGAAGAAAAGUUACAGGAUCGUGAGACUCUGCUCACCCAGCAAGAGCAGGAGGGUGCUCAUCAGAAAGAUCUCCUUCAGAAACAAGUGUCUGCUUCUGAGGUUGAGGUUGAGAUGUUGAAACAGGAGAUCAAAACAAAAGAGGAACAGUUAACCUUACUCGGGCUAAAUGGCUCUGAGCAAUCUGCAUUGCUACAGCAGCAGAUCCAAGGUUUAAAUAGCCAAGUGGAGAGCCUCUCCUCCUCACUGAAGCAGACUGAGGAUGAGGUGUUAGGUCAGAAACAUCAGUUGAGUAAGCAGGAGUUAGAAAGCACUCAACAGAUGGAUGCAUUUCAGCGGCUGAACCUUGUAUCUGAGGAAAACAUCAGACUGCUGAAGGAAGAGAUCCAAACAAAGGAGACGCUUCUUAAUGAACUUAGGACAGAGAGCUCAAAGCAAUCAGAGAACCUUGCCAAUCAGAUACAACAUCUAACUCUUGAGAUGGACAACACUAAAGAAUCUCUUAAAAUGGCGUCAGAGGAGGUUGAAGCCAAGGAAGACGUGCUAACAAACCUGAGGCAGGAGAGGGAUCAACUUAAAACAACGAUGGAGGUCUGUGAAGAGGAGAAGGCUCUACUCAAGGAGGAAAUCCUUCUGAAAGAGCAACAGCUGACUGAGGUGAAGAAGGAAACCUCUGCAAAUUCUGAAGAGUUGCAGCAGGAGAUCAACAGUCUGAUGAGUCAAGUGACCGGUGUGACCGACUCUCUCAGGAAGGCUGAAGAGAAGUUACAGGAUCGUGAGAAUCUGCUCACCAAGCAAGAGCAAGAGAGUGCUCAUCAGAAAGAGCUUCUAAGGAAGCAAGUUUCUGCCUGCGAGGAGGAGGUUGAGAAGAUGAAACAGGAGAUUAAAACCAAGGAGGAACAGUUAACCUUACUCGGGCUAAAUGGCUCUGAGCAAUCUGCAUUGCUACAGCAGCAGAUCCAAGGUUUAAAUAGCCAAGUGGAGAGCCUGUCCUCCUCACUGAAGCAGACUGAGGAUGAGGUGUUAGGUCAGAAACAUCAGUUGAGUAAGCAGGAACUGGAAAGCACUCAACAGAUGGAGGCACUUCAACGGCUGAACCUUGUAUCUGAGGAAAACAUCAGACUGCUGAAGGAAGAGAUCCAAACAAAGGAGACACUUCUUAAUGAGAUUAGGACCGAGAGCUCCAAGCAAUCAGUGAACCUGGCCAAUCAGAUACAACAUCUAACUCUUGAGAUGGACAACACUAAAGAAUCUCUUAAAAUGGCGUCAGAGGAGGUUGAAGCCAAGGAAGACGUGCUAACAAACCUGAGGCAGGAGAGGGAUCAACUUAAAACAGCGAUGGAGGUCUGUGAAGAUGAGAAGGCUCUACUCAAGGAGGAAAUCCUUCUGAAAGAGCAACAGGUGACUGAGGUGAAGAAGGAGACCUCCACAAAUUCUGAAGAGUUGCAACAGGAGAUCAACAGUCUGAUGAGUCAAGUGACCUGUGUGACCAACUCUCUCAGAAAGACUCAAGAAAAGUUACAAGAUCGGGAAACUCUGCUCACCCAGCAAGAGCAAAAGAGUGCUCAUCAGAAAGAUCUCCUUCAGAAACAAGUGUCUGCUUCUGAGGUCGAGGUUGAGAUGUUGAAACAGGAGAUCAAAUUGAAAGAGGAACAGCUAACCUUACUUGGGCAAAAUGGCUCAGAGCAAACUGCUUUUCUACAACAGACGAUCGAAGUUUUAACUAACCAAGUUGAUAGUCACUCCUUCUCAAUGAAAGAGGCAGAGAAGGACAUUCAAACGGCAAGUGAUGCGGCAAAACACUACAAAACUCAGAUGGAGAAUGCCAUGAAUCACUACAAAGCAAAAAAGCAGCUUCUCCAGGAGAGUCAGGAGCAGGUGGCAGAAAUGCAGUGCUCCUUGGAUGUUAAAGAGAAAAUUGGCACCGAGUUUAAGCUGCUCCAGCUCGACUUUGAAACCGUCAAAUCAAAUGAGAAGAAUCUCUUAAGCCGAAUCACCAGUUUGGAAGCACAGCUGGCUUUUGCCGACGGCCAACUGCGGGAGCAUAACAAGAUGCGGAGGGACGGAGGAAGGCUCCAGGACUCUUACUUCACAGAAACUGAGGAAAACUGGAAGAUCCAGACUCGUGAGCUAAAGGAGAAACACGACAGCUUUGACAGCCAGGGAGACGACACUCUGGAGGACUCUCUGAGCACCACAAGGAGACCCUCCGCUCCGGGGGAGUCCAGCACUCCGAUGGUUAGAAGCUCGGAGCGCCUCGCUGGCAAGCGGCGUUCCCUGAGCGCUGAUUCUCUGGAAAGCCUUUACUUCACACCCAUGAACAACAAGCAGACAAACAGGACAAAGCGCCACAUGGACAGCAGCCUGACAUCCUUGGCUGAGCUCCCAGAUUCCACCCUAAAGUACCUGUCCUCCUCGGUCAAACGCCGCCGGACCACCCAGGUUAUCAACAUCACGAUGAGCAAGAAAACUCCCAGACGUGGAGGGUCUGACAACGACCACCACGGUGAGGACGAAGACACCUUCUACAGCCUGGCCUCCGCACGCUCCCACCCCAAUCUCUCCAACAGCCACGCAGCCAGGCCUGUCUCCAUGGAGCUGUCUGGCAGGACGGCCGCCAGCAGUGACCAGCUGAUGAGCCUGCCCGGCUACAGGCGUAGCACCAGCAGCAACACUGCGCCGACACGCAGCACAAGUACAUUCUGUGUGGGUGCUGAGAACGAGCCUGAAAACGGGCCAGAUGAUUGGAUGAGGAUCGCUGAGCUCCAGUCCAGGAACAAGGCCUGCCUUCCCCACCUCAAGAGCAGCUACCCGCUAGAAUCCAGGCCAAGCAUUGGACCUGAGUUCGUCAUCACGGACGACGACCUGCGCAUGGGCGACCCCACCGACACCAUCCGCCGGGCCACCUUGAUGCCCGGCCAGAUGCUGGACUCCCUCUCCUCCCACCGCCUGUCCUACAUGGUGGGGCAGACGGACACCGCUGGCACUCGUGCCCACCGCCACUCCCUGUUGCCGGGCCAGCUCCCAGCACGCACCCACUCCUCCUCACUGCAGAAGUACCCGCUCUCUCCCGAGGCGAAGGCCAGCUGCUUCCCCCGCCCUCUUACUCCAAAAUACAAAAACAGCCACAUGACCUCCUCAAGCACACAAAUACGCACCGCCCUCAGCCCGGUCCAAAGGAGGGAGUCCACGGUGUUCACCAUCGAAAACACCCCGAAGAAGAACAGCUAUCUCCAGAAGGGGUUGAACAGACUACGCAGCUCCACGCGCAAGUCCCCCGGCAAGGGGCCGAAGACGUCCCCCGCCCAGCGAGCCUCUGGCCGGUCCCCUGGUAACCGCGCGGCCGAAGUUGGAGUUGCCGUGGCAAGACGGGGCAACACCAGGGCAUUGCCUCAGGGGGCGGCGGCGGCCAAAGGACAGAGGAGGUCCCCGCGCACCAGUGCCAAAAGCACGGCCAAGUCCCCGCGCACCAGUGCCAAAAGCACGACCAAUUCCCAAUUACUGACCUCCAGUGCCCGCAAGAUGAUGAGCAGAAUGAAGGUCUGAAGAAGUAUCUGGAACAAUCUUUUUUGUAUUCUACUCAAAUGAUGGAAUUGCUAUAACUUGUACAUUUACAGCAAAUUUUUCUUUUCAUUUUAUCCAAAUCAAUCUGUUUUUCUGUCAACAAUGUGGUGGAUUUCACAGAGUUGUGAUAUUCUUCAGGGAUUCUAGUAUCUGCUUGCAUUGGAUUCUCUCUGUAUUAUAUUUACAUGUUUGUUGGUGAUCAUUUAGUUGGAAUUUCGGUUUUUUGAUAAUCCAAAUAUUUUGCAUACAAAUAUGCCAAUGGGUGGCAAUCUUUUUUUAUAAUUUCAUUUUUUACAUAAACAAAUGUUCCUCUGUAGCUUUGAGCAUAGUUUGAAAUUUCACAUUUUUAAAUUCUUAAACAAAGCCUCAUAUGGAAUCAGAUCAUUUGUAUUGUUAAAUUGUACAUUAAAUGAUUGACAGAAGUUGAUAAUAUUUUUCCUCUUUUGUUUGCAUGCGUUUAAAAUGAUAAAGAGGUUUACAAUAUUGCAUUUCCUGAAGUCUAAAGGCCAAUGUGCAUCAGAUACGGUAUGGCUAUGUUGCGGUGUUGUGCACCCGUGUCGUGAAAUGCAUCCCUGUCGGAACAGACUGGCUUCCAUGUCAAUCAGUGCUCCAACGUCCAGAUGCCAGACGGUUUCCGUGUGGUGACGAAGCAUUUUGUUGACGUUACACACCAUUUGAUGGGAAAUUAUGCAAUACGUAUAUGUAUCGCUAAUAUUUUGCCCAUUUUAUAUUAAUAUGUGGAAUUCAAGUUAUUUUACUAGCUAGUGUUUGUUUCCCCUCUUUCAUGUUUCCAAAAGAAUAGCAUAAUUUAAGCAUGAAUUAUUUGUGCAUAUUUUUGUUUCUAGCAAUGGGCCACAAUAUGCUGACUUCUUUCCAGCAUCCAUGUAUUUUCCCUGAGUUAACUUAAAGCGUGAAUGCGAUGUGGUCAAGCGAAUUUUCUGUAACUUUAAUGAAUAUAUAUGCCGAGUAAUUGGGGAGAGAUGCUGCUUUCAUCAACCUCUACGGAUGAAAUACAGUAUGAUCAGCUCUGUAUAUCAGGGAAGUAAUAUUUAUGAUGGAAAACGGCUCCUCAUUAAGGUCGAUUAUGGGUCUGUAAGGUAUGCCCAUAAUUUCAUGGGAAACACCGACCUGUGGUGUUCACCUCAUCUACUACACCUUUAUGGCAUAGCAGCUGUACAACAUUGACCACAAAACAAAUUGGACACUUGUUUGGCAUUUUCACAUAAUGGUCUACAAUAGCAAAGAUUG